UCUGAAUGUAAUAAUUGAAAUUACUAGCGUGCUCUGCACGUGGGUAAAAUUCAUACUAAGAAGAAAGAGAAACCCUAAUCGGUUCGCCUUCGAUUGCUGUGACUGGUUCUCCUGCCUUCUUUUUCGUCUGAUCAAACUAGAUUUUCUACAGGUGCAGCUUUGUAGGAGUGCUAGAUUUAUCUUCUUUUCCUUCGUCUAUGGGGACCCCAGAAACCUCUCGAGAGCCAUGUCCUGAUCGUAUUCUUGACGAUGUUGGCGGUGCAUUUGGAAUGGGUGCAGUUGGAGGUGCAGCAUUCCAUUUCAUAAAAGGCAUAUAUAACUCUCCUUCCGGUUCACGUUUAGUUGGAGGCUCUCAAGCUGUACGCAUGAAUGCACCUCGUGUUGGUGGUAGUUUUGCUGUGUGGGGUGGCCUCUUCUCCACUUUUGACUGCACAAUGGUCUAUGUUCGACAGAAAGAGGAUCCGUGGAACUCAAUCAUAGCUGGUGCUGCCACUGGAGGAUUCCUUUCAAUGCGUCAGGGAUUUGGUGCUGCUUCCAGAUCAGCAGUUUUUGGUGGGGUUUUACUUGCUUUGAUUGAAGGAGCUGGGAUCAUGUUAAAUAAGGUUCUGAGUGCACCUCAGAAUAUCCCCGUCAUGGAAGAAUCAGUACCAAACAUGGCUGGUGUACCUGGAUAUCCAGUGGGGCAAUUGCCAGGUCAAGCCCCGUCAAUGGUUGAGAGUCCAUCGUCAUCUUCGUCUUCAUCUUCUUCUUGGUUUGGAGGUUAUUUUGGUGGUAAAAAGGAGGAAUCAGAGAAAAGUAGUGGAAGUAAGACAGAGGUCUUGGAGAGUUUUGAUGCUCCUCCGGUGCCAUCGUUUGAGUACAAGUGAAAUGAACAGCUAAGUUUUCUUGUUUCUAUAACAAUGCUUUUUAAUCAGCAUUUCAGCAGUUCCAAUGUGUUUUUCAUGGGCGUAUUGUCAUCAUCCAUGUACACCAUGCGAUUAUUAUUAUCUUGAGUUAAAUUUGUUGUGUACUCAUUUCCCUGCUCAAUAUAGUUUAUUUCAUACUCCUUUUUGGUCAAGAAAACUGAAAACCAAUCUAAUAUGAAGUUCUGUAAUUUCAGUUUUAUGCUAAUGUAAUUUUCUUCAUUUGUAUUGAUGUAUGUUUGGAGCAGUCUUAUGAGAUGCAGUUCACAAACGGAUUUUAAGCUGAGCCAAGGCCUGCUCUCCGUGUAACUCGAUUCUUUUCAU